AUGGAGGCGACGGAUAUCUUAUAUUCUAAUGACGGGGGAAAUACAUGGAGGUCCGAGUUUGUGGUUGAUGAAAUUUUUAAUGUGGCGAAACUUCGGUGUAGAUUGGAUAAAGCAUCACACCCGAUCAGCGAUGGGGAUUUUUGGUGGCUAAAUUCCGCCCCGAAAAAAGUGGUGAGUUUUAUAUGGAGGGCCAAACAGGGACGGAUUCCAUCGGCAAAGGCAUUACAAAGGAGAAACAUCCCAGUCUCUUCCAUAAUCUGUGAUUGGUGCAGGAACAAUGAGGAAACGGUCAACCACAUCCUCACAUCUUGUUCAUUGGCGAGAGAUACUAUAAAUAUGGUGUUUAAUUGGUGUGGCCUUCCCACCAAACAGUUUACAGAAGUAAAUGAAGUGCUAGCCUUCGCUCGGAAUUGGGGGCAUUGCCCUAAAAAGAAAGAGUUGUUGUCUUGUGUUGUAUAUGGAACAUUAUGGAGUCUUUGGAAGGAUAGAAAUGAUCGAAUAUUCAGAGGUGUGAUUUCGGAAAAGGCGAAGAUUGUGGACAUUAUUAAAGCUACGGUUUUCACGUGGAGAAAAUAUAGGAAGAAUAGAGGUACUGGAGAUGAUUGGUUUAAGUGGUGGUUUUCGCCCUUAUGUUGUUCUUAA